CCACAAUUAUUCGAUCUGAUAAAGCCUCGAGUGCCAGCCCUGAUCUGCUCGAGAAAUCUCCCAGAGCAUCCCGUCCUCCUUCAGCAUCUUUUCUCCUCCUCUCCAUCAAGACUCCUCCAACAAUGGAAGACUCCAAGGAAAAGAACCCCGAAAAUGGCCUGCCUGUUGUCACGACUGUUGUCGAUCACAACGAUGACAGCUCGCAGGACGAUCGCAGGACCGCCAUUCCUCUGAACAUGAAGAUCCUCUCAGUUGUCGUCGUCAGCAUGAUUGGAUUCGGAGGUCACUGGAGCAGCGGCGUGACGGGAGCUUUAAAGAGCACUCUGAAGAAGGAACUCGACAUCACCAACACGCAAUACGCUGUGCUUGAAUCAAGCGAAAACUUCAUCAAGGUAGUCUUGAUCUUGGCCAGUGGCCUUCUCACCGACCGUUAUGGUGGUGCCAGCACCAUGCUCUGGGGCAACGCCGUAUUCAGCGCCGGUGCAAUUCUGAUUGCAGCGGCCACAACUGUCCGCAACUACAAGUUCAUGAUUUUUGGUGUCGUCGUUCAAGCUCUCGGCGAUGUCACUACCCAAGUCGCUCAGUACAAGAUUUUCUCAUCCUGGUUCCCACCAUCCUCUGGCUUCGCCUCAACCCUGGCGUUUGAGCUCGGCAUCGGAAAAAUCGGCUCCUUCGUCGGCAAGGCUACGGCCAACGUCAUUGCGACGAACCUGGGUGAUUUUAGCUGGGCCUACUGGAUGGCAGUGUUCAUGAACCUGUUUACCAACGUCGCAACGCUCUUCUUCUGGUGGUUUACUCGCUGGUGCGAGAAGCGCUAUGCCGGAACAUUGGAUCCAGCAACGGGAGAGAAGCUCACCGAGAAUAACAAGAAGUUCGAGAUCACCAAGAUGCUACGACUUCCUUGGUCUUUCUGGCUUAUUGUUUUGUUUUCGCUGUUCCAGACCUCAACGUCGAGCAUUUUCUCCUCUAAUGGCACUGAGCUGGCUGAGCAACGUUUUGACAUCUCGGCUGUACAGGCGGGUUGGUAUUCAUCCAUGUCGCAAUACCUUGGCUUCUUCUUUGUGCCAAUGGUGGGAAUAUUCAUCGACAUCCUUGGUCGCCGCCUUACCGUCAUGCUCGUAUGCGGUCUUGGCAUGCUGUUGGCCAUGUGCCUAGCUGCCUGGGGACCUUCUGUUGCAGGGACCGCAGCUAGCUUUGGCAUCUACGCCAUCGCCUCUUCGCUCGGCCCUACUGUCAUCAUUGAUAGCAUCCGCACUAGCAUGUGGUACCAAGAGGUCUUCGGAGCCGGGUACGCCAUCAAAAUUGCCAUCAACAACAGCAUGACGAUCAUUGUCGGGAUCAUCGCCGGUGUUAUUCAAGACCGCGACAAUAACAGUUACGACAACGUCAUUAUCUUGUACGUGGCUCUUGCGGCCGGAUCCGUGGUUGUUGGUACCAUCAUGGUUAUCUUGGGGUAUAUGAGCAAUGUAAUCGGUCUCUUGCAAUGGAGUCGGAAGGAGAGAGUGCUGAAUGGAAAAGUCAUCAACGCCACAAAAGAAGAAUUCGAGACUGGAGAGCGUGCCGAGUGGAACCGAAAGCUCAGCCUUAUCAACUUCAUCUCGGUCAUUAUUCUGAUGACUGGCGCUUGUGUUGCAUAUUUCUGGGGCGUGGGCACUGGUCACAACUACUAAAGAUGCUCUAGAGCUUGAUGUCAUGAUGAACACCAAGCCCCAUUUCAAAGUCAUCAUUGGUACGAACUGGUCAGAAGUUGAAUGCUGUGUGUUUUGACAAGAUAUCUCUCCAGAAGCUUUGAUAUAUCAUAUUAUUCCUUUUUAUUACUCUAUUACACUGGUUGUUGGGAACAAUUUCAUUUAAUCUAAG